GUUGUUCAGACUUGCUUAGGACUUUCCAAAACUUGUUGGUGUUUCUGCCCCCCCCCCACCUCCCCCUUCCACUCUGCUCCUCUUUCAGGCAUUUCUCAAGAUCUCUUGAAAUUUAAAAUUGGGGUGUGGGAAAUACACACCCGGGAAAAAAAUUGAGGGGAACCCCAUUCCCCAUUGGGAACAUCUGCCGGGGAGAAAGGAACCAUUUCUGCCCCUCGAGGUGGAGAACAACCCCCCAGGCUCCCACACAAAAGUGGUGAAAUAUGAUCACUUUUUUGUUCCUUUGGCUUGGUCUUCCUCGAGUGGAAUCCUUGACAUAUCCUGCAGUCAUAUCCCCCCAAGAUCCAACUCUGGUGAUUGGCUCUUCGCUCACCGCCACUUGCUCAGUGAACUCUGACUUACACCUGAAAGCAGAGGACCUGUACUGGACUCUGAAUGGCAGACGGCUCCCCCCAGAGUCCUACAAGGUCCUCAAUGGCACCACCCUCAGCGUGGCUCUAGCCAACCUGAACGGGUCGAGGCAGCAGUCAGGAGAUAACCUGGUGUGUCACAGCAGAGACAGUAGCAUCCUGGCUGGCUCCUGUCUUUAUGUGGGAUUGCCACCAGAAAAACCAGUCAACAUAACCUGCUGGUCCAAAAACAUGAAAGACCUCACCUGUAAAUGGGCCCCUGGCACAGAAGGCGAGACCUACCUGCACACCAACUACACCCUCAAAUACAAACUCAGGUGGUACGGCCGGGAUAACACGUGCCAGGAGUAUCGCACCGCAGGGCAGUACUCCUGCCACAUCCCCAAAGACCUGGCUCUUUUCACGCCCUACGAGAUCUGGGUGGAGGCCUCCAAUCGGCUCGGAGUGGCUGUCUCUGAAGUCGUCAUGCUCGACAUUCUGGACGUGGUCACCACCGACCCACCGGCGGACGUCACCGUGAGCCGAGUCGGGGACCUGGAGGACCAGCUGAGCGUUCGCUGGAGCUCCCCGCCUGCGCUGAAGGAUUUUCUGUUUCAAGCCAAGUAUCAGAUCCAGUACAGGGUGGAGGACAGUUCGGAGUGGAAGGUCGUGGACGACGUGGGGAACCAGACAUCCUGCCGGCUGGCAGGGCUGCGGCCCGGCACCGUGUACUUCGUCCAAGUCCGGUGUAAUCCCUUUGGCAUCUACGGUUCCAAAAAGGCUGGGAUCUGGAGUGACUGGAGCAACCCCACGGCGGCCUCAACUCCUCGCAGCGAUCGGGUCCCGGGCGUAUGCGACCCCAAGAGCGGCGAGCAGAACACCACGCUGCGGCGGGAGCUCAAGCAGUUCUUCGGCUGGGUGAAGAAACACGCCUACGGCUGCUCCAACCUCAGCAUCAAGCUCUACGACCAGUGGCGUGUCUGGCUGCAGAAAUCCCACAAAACACGGAACCAGGUAGGUGCUACCCGGCGAUAAGCUGUAGCCCCCGCCGUGCUCGGCAGCGGCAGGAGAGCAGAGGGAGCACGGGGCUGGAGCUGCAGGGCACCCGCAUGCGGCUGGACCUCACCCGCCCUCAGGAUUGGGGGGAAGGGUGCGGACUCCCCCCACCCCCCAAAAUCAUUCUUCUCCAACAGGGACAGUAAGAAAGACUUGGACUUUGACCAGCUCCCCCAGGCGCUCCCCUCCCAGCAUCCAGCCCUGCUUCCUGGCAGGGGCCCCUGGUGCAGCCUCCCUGUCACUGCUGGGUGGGGCUCCCAGCAUUGCCAAGACACCCCUGGUGCGGAGGGUCCCUCCCAGCACUGAGGGGGAGCCGCCAAUGCACACCCCCGAAGGGGAUCAGGCUGCUGUCAGCUGGGCCUCGGCUGCUGACCUGGUGGAGCCUGGACUCUGCUGCAGGUUGCCCCCGAGGCAGAAUUAAGAAGCUGGGGGGCGGGAAUCCCCCACUGGGCAAAGCGCAAACAACAGGCAGGAUGCUGCACACGCAGGCCCUGUGCAUGGCCCUGCCAGUGCCCUGGGGUGCCAGGCCCAGUGCCACUGACUGCACGGCCCCUUUACACUGCCCACACUUCACCAAAGGGCCUCAGCCUCUGUAAGAAUCCAUGAAAAUGACUGCCACCUCCCCCUCUGGGUCCCCUGGGGGCCCGAAGUCCAGCCCAGCCCUGCCCCCCCGAGGUGUCGUCAGGGAAACUGUUUCAUUUUCUGGCUGCACAUUAAACACCAGAGCGCAGAGCCAUGGCCGGGGUUCUCCGAGCACUGGACUCCACAUGGACAUCACCUCCAGUGCCCGCACGGACUCACUCAUUGCACGCGCAGUGUCACGUGGCUUUAGCCAACCCCUAGCUCGGUCUGCGGGGCGAGUGGGGGGGAGGGGCGCGCCCUUGGUUUUAUUUAAUAAAGGAAAGAAAACCAGAAAGAAAAAAGAUCUGGCCUGAGUGGGUGGAGCAAGGGGCUCCUCCUUGCAGGGCAAGACCCCGACGUGAGCGAGAGCCCUGCAGUGCGGCCCAGCGCUCCGCCCAGCUGACCCCCUCCAGCGCUUCCCACCUCCUCCAGCCAUUCCCACGGGGAGACCCAUCACUCGGCUUCUUCCGAAUCGUACUUGAGGUCCUGGAGAAUUUCACUGAUUGCCUCAAUGGUUUUAAUUAGCCUCGGAGAGUGGAUGGAAACUAUAAAUAACGGCCCCACGUGGGGCUGGGAGAGUAAAA